AUGAUGGAGGGGCUACGCUGUUCCCUGCGCCUGGUGGCCGGGGCACCCGGGCGGUGGCGGCCGGUUCCGCGCGGUGCGUGCGCUGGGGCUUGGCCGCUCCGCCCGCUUUCUCGUGGAGCCGGGCGCAGCGUGUCGCCGCCGCUCUCCGCUGCCGCGCGCCCCGGAAGGCUCCCCAUGGCCAGCCCGGCCCCCGCCGCCGCGGCCCUCGUCCCUCAGGACUGCAAUAAUGGAUGCUCCGCAGAAGGUACCGGAGAAGGCGGAUCCAAAGAGCCGGUGGAGACUUUCAAGGCUGAAGAUCUAAUAAUCACACAAGCCACCGUUUUAAAGGAAAAACCAGACCCCAGUACUCUGGUUUUUGGAACAGUUUUUACAGAUCACAUGUUAACAGUGGAGUGGUCCUUGGAGCUUGGAUGGGAGAAACCACGCAUCAAACCUCUUCAAAACCUCUCACUGCAUCCGGGUUCAUCAGCUUUGCACUAUGCUGUGGAAUUAUUUGAAGGAUUGAAGGCAUUUCGGGGAGUAGAUAAUAAAAUUCGUCUGUUUCGGCCAAACCUCAACAUGGAUAGGAUGUACCGAUCUGCUAUGAGGGCCACUUUGCCGGCGUUUGACAAGAAAGAGCUUUUAGAGUGUAUUCAGCAGCUUGUGAAAUUGGAUGAGGAAUGGGUCCCCUACUCAACAUCUGCGAGUCUAUAUAUCCGUCCUACGUUCAUUGGAACUGAGCCUUCUCUGGGAGUCAAGAAGCCGACUAAAGCCCUGCUCUUUGUAAUCUUGAGCCCAGUGGGACCUUAUUUUUCCAGUGGAAGCUUUAAUCCUGUGUCCCUGUGGGCCAACCCGAAGUAUGUAAGAGCCUGGAAAGGUGGGACCGGGGACUGCAAGAUGGGAGGGAAUUAUGGCUCGUCUCUUUUUGCCCAAUGUGAAGCAGUGGACAAUGCGUGUCAGCAGGUUCUGUGGCUCUAUGGAGAAGAUAAUCAAAUAACUGAAGUUGGAACUAUGAAUCUUUUUCUUUAUUGGAUAAAUGAAGAUGGAGAAGAAGAACUGGCAACUCCUCCGCUAGAUGGCAUCAUUCUUCCAGGAGUGAUGAGGCAGAGCAUCCUGGACUUGGCACACAAGUGGGGUGAAUUUAAGGUAUCAGAGAGAUACCUCACCAUGGAUGACUUGACCACAGCUAUAGAGGAGAAUCGGGUGAGGGAGAUGUUUGGUUCAGGUACCGCCUGCGUUGUUUGCCCUGUUUCGACUAUACUGUACAAGGAGGAGACUAUACACAUUCCAACUAUGGAGAACGGUCCUAAGCUUGCAAGCCGCAUCUUAGAAAAACUGACUGAUAUUCAGCCUUCCACAUGGAUUCAAAGUACCAUCCCACAGGCUGGAUUUGAUUUACUGCAUUGCAAACAUUAA